AUGGCCUCCAAGUGGCAGAUCAAACACCUCAGCCACGGCAUCCGCGCCAUCACGGGGGGUUCAACCUCUAGGUCCGCACCGCUAGUCGUUCUCCUAGCCGGAUGGCCCGAGACAGCCGAAGCCUACAGCAGCAUCUUCGAGCCUCUUAGUCAAAGACAUCGCUUCGUGGCUCUCGAUCCGCCGGGCCUGGGGUACUCGGCGGCACCGCCGUCCUACGACACCAAGACCAUCAGCCAGAUCCUGGCCGACGCAGUGCACAGUGACAACACUCUAUGUGAAGGCCCAGAGCAACGCUACCAUCUCGUCGGCCACGACAUUGGCAGCUGGAUCGCCUAUCCCUGGGCCGCCCAGCACCAGUCGCGCGUGCGUAGCCUGACCAUUCUCGAUGCAGGUGUGCCAGGCCUUUUGCCCGCGCCAGCUUCGUAUCCGCUGCCGCACGAGGUCAACAUGAAACUCUGGCAGUUUUCUUUCAAUGCACUGCCCGAACUCCCUGAAAUCCUGAUCCAGGGCCGCGAGCGCGAGCUACUGUCGUGGAUGUUCAAAUACAAAACCGCCGCCGCCGCAGCACACCCGGUUUCAACUGAAAACUUUGAGCGCUACGUCAGCUGCUAUGCGCGACCGGGGGCAAUGAGUCGCGCGUUUGAGUACUAUCGCGCGUUUAACGAGAGUGCCUCGCAGAAUACCGGCUUUGCAGAGACGCCUCUGUCAAUCCCGUUGCUGGCCCUGGGCGGAUCAGCGGGCGGAGUGGGCGACCGGAUUACACAGAUGGUGGCAGGCAUUGCAGAGCAGGUGCAGGGCGGCGGGAUAGAGGACUGUGGCCAUUUUGUGAUAGAGGAGCAGCCCGAGGUUGUGUCGCAGAGGUUGCUUGACUUUUUUGACUCUGUUAGACUAUAG